AUGGCGGCAACGGCGAAUGAUCAGUGGACGAGAACAGCACAUGUAUCAAUGCUGGCGGUGCAGGUGUUGUACGGCGGCAGUCACGUUGCUACCAAGGCCGCACUCGACAACGACGUCGAUGUUUUAGUCUUCUGCGUUUAUCGAAUCUUCGUUGCGUUUUGUAUUCUCGCAAUAAUCGCCUAUUUUUGGGAAAGAAGGCAACGGCCGCCGUUUAAAAAGUGCUAUAUAUUGCGGUUCUUCCUUCUCGGACUAACUGGGAUUAUUGGGAACCAACUGAUGGUUCUUUAUGGGCUUAAGCAGACAGAUCCAACUUAUGCUUCUGCUUUACAGCCUGCUAUUCCAGUCUUUACCUUCUUUAUAGCUGUGAUAUGGGGAGAAGAGAAGUUAAAUAUAAGAACAAGGGAGGGUGGAGCAAAGUUAGUAGGAAUUUUGCUUUGUAUUGUUGGUGCGGUUGUUAUGGCCGUCUAUCAAGGCCCGCCUUUUCUCGGAAAAGAAAAGCCGGAGACUGCAGUGGCGCCCAGCCCGGAUCAGCCUGGUCCACGGCCGGUGGGCGGGAUAUUAUACUUCACCUUCAGCUGUUUGUUCAUGGCGGUUUAUCUUUUUUCUCAGGCUCAGUUUCUAGAGGAGUAUCCGGCUUGUUUAUCAAUGAUGGCGUAUUCGCAUGGUAUCGCUUUGCUUAUUAUGGCUGUGGCGGCUGCAAUUUUUUCGAAGAAUUUAUCACAUUGGAUGUUUGAUAGAUCGGAGAUCUAUGCCGUGUGCUAUACUGGAGUCCUAACAUCAGCAUUUAACCACGGCAUGACAACAUGGGCGAACAAGAUCCUUGGCCCGUCCGUGGUUGCGCUUUACUUCCCUGUCCAAAUAAUUGCAGCCGCAUUCAUCGGAUACUCCCGAGGAACUAUUAUUUACACCGGCAGCAUGGUGGGAGCAGGACUGUGUGUUUUCGGGCUCUAUUCUGUGCAAUGGGCGUCGUGGCUUGGCAGUGCUGAAACACAGACGACAAGCGACGAAGCAUUAGAACCACUCCUGGGUGAGGAGGGCUCAUCGCGGGAUGACAUUGCUGAAACAGGGACGGACGAUCAAGCAUCAGGAGGAGGAGGAGGAGGAGGACUCCUCAAUCCAGACGAUAUUGCUGAAACAGGGCUGAGGAGGAGGGAUGAAGCGUCAAAAGAAGGGGUUGCGGAUCAGGGCUCAUCGUCCCGGACGAAGACUGAUGAAGCAUUAGGAGUCGUGGAUCAGGGGUCAUCAUCAUCGUCAUCACCCCAGACGAAGAGGGAUGAUGAAUUGGAAGAUCGACUCGUGGAUCAGGGAUCAUCACCAUCGCUCCAUGAUGAAACACGGACAAAGAUUGAGGAAGCAUUAGAAGAAGGACUGCUGGAUCGGGGCUCAUCGCCUGGCCUCUUACGACCUUCGGAUGAACCACAACAAUCACCGGGUACUCCUUAA